AUGGUUCCUGUGCUGGACAAUAUGACCCCUGCUCCUCCGACACAGAACUGCUCCAACUGCAGCCAGGCUUUGGUGCCAGAGCUCAAUGUGGUCAAAGCUGUGGUUUUAGGCCCUGUGCUCAGUGUCCUUAUUGUUUUUGGAGUUGUUGGAAACAUCCUGGUGAUCCUUUCUGUUGUGUGUCAUCGACACUUACGGACUGUUACACAUUAUUUCAUAGUUAAUUUGGCAGUGGCAGACUUGCUGAUAAGCUCCACUGUACUACCUUUCUCUGCCAUUUUGGAGAUUGUGGACCGCUGGAUGUUUGGACGGGUUUUUUGCAAUGUUUGGGCAGCUGUGGACGUGUGCUGCUGCACUGCUUCCAUCAUGAGCCUCUGUGUGAUCUCUGUUGACCGCUACAUUGGAGUCAGUUACCCUCUGCGAUACCCUACUAUAAUGACAAAACGCAGGGCGCUGCUGGCAGUGUUGCUGCUCUGGGUCCUGUCCAUCAUCAUAUCUAUCGGACCGCUGUUUGGCUGGAAAGAGCCGGCGCCUGAGGACGAGUCAAUCUGCAAGAUCACAGAGGAGCCGGGCUACGCCAUCUUCUCAGCUGUGGGCUCCUUCUACCUCCCCCUGGCCAUCAUACUGGUCAUGUACUGUCGGGUUUAUGUGGUUGCUCACAGGGAGAGCCAGGGCCUGAGGGAGGGCCAAAAGACAGAGAAGGCAGAUUCAGAACAUGUAAUACUCAGAAUACACAGAGGAAACACGACCGUGUCAGAGGACGAGGCCCUUCGCUGUCGCACACAUUUUGCCCUGAGACUUCUUAAGUUCUCCAGAGAGAAGAAGGCCGCCAAGACCCUGGGCAUCGUGGUUGGCUGCUUCGUGUUGUGCUGGCUGCCCUUUUUCCUGGUGCUACCCAUUGGCUCCUUGUUUCCGGCAUACAGACCCUCAGACACGGUCUUCAAGAUCACCUUCUGGCUCGGUUACUUCAACAGCUGCAUUAACCCCAUCAUCUACCCGUGCUCCAACCAGGAGUUUAAGAAAGCCUUCCAGAGUUUACUGGGAGUCCACUGUCUGAGAAUAACUCCCAGAUCACAGCAUCAUCAUCUGAGUGCAGGUCAAGGUCAAACACAGGGUCAGAGUCAGUCUCUCUCUCUGGGCCUGGACAGCAGAGGGGCUACAUGUCGUCUCAGCCCCUCCUCCUCUAUGGCUCUGUCCAGAUCCCCAUCCUCCAGGGACAGCAGGGAGUGGAGGGUCUUUUCCGGAGGACACACGGGAGGGUCCGGACCGUCUGAGACAAGCAGGGACAAAGUGGCCAAACUCUGCAGUAAAAGCUUUAAUUGGACAUGCUGCUGCAUCCUCGGAGACGAGACCACCACGCAGGACUCGGACUGUGCCCAGCCCCCUCCUGUUCCCACCAUUAAAAUCCACCAACUGUCACUGUCAGAGAAAGGAGAGCCUGUCUAG